GAGAGAAAGGGGGGGUGUUAGGUAGGUAGUGGCCACUUGCUUUUCUCUCUACAUAAUUACACUCAUUGCCACCAACCAACCCAGACCCAGACCCAGACCCAGACCCAAACACCACCAACCUCACUUUCUCUGUUUCUCUCAACAACCAAACUUGAUAGUAGUACCACAGCACCCACCUCAUAUCAUAUCAUUGUGUUUUCCUUCCUUUAAUCUCAUUCUCUCUCUCUCUCUCUCUCUCUCUCUCUCUCUCUCUCUCUCGUGUAUUUCCAUUUCUAAUGGCGUCUUCUCUCUCCACCAAACCAUUCGGAACCGACGCUCUCUCCGCCUUCGCUUCUCUCAAUUCCGAUCUCCGAUCCUUCUCCCCAGGCUACCUCCGACUCUCGCUCCGUCCUCGCCUUACCAAGAGACUCCAGAUACAGGCGGCUGGGAGUACCUAUGGAAAUCACUUUCGUGUGACGACAUAUGGAGAAUCUCAUGGAGGAGGUGUUGGUUGUGUUAUUGAUGGAUGUCCUCCUCGCAUUCCUCUCUCUGAAGCUGACAUGCAAGUGGAUCUUGACAGAAGGAGGCCAGGUCAGAGCCGAAUUACGACUCCUAGAAAGGAGACUGAUACAUGUAAAAUAUUUUCAGGAGUCUCUGAAGGACUUACCACUGGAACUCCAAUUCAUGUAUUUGUACCCAAUACUGAUCAAAGAGGACACGACUAUAGUGAGAUGUCUCAAGCUUAUAGGCCUUCCCAUGCAGAUGCUACCUAUGACAUGAAGUAUGGUGUCAGAUCUGUUCAGGGUGGUGGUAGAUCUUCUGCAAGAGAAACAAUUGGAAGGGUUGCUUCUGGUGCUGUUGCUAAGAAAAUCCUUAAAGACUUUUCUGGAACUGAGAUUCUUGCCUAUGUCUCUCAAGUUCAUAAGGUUGUUCUUCCCGAGGACCUUAUUGAUCAUGAUAAUCUGACACUUUCUCAGAUUGAGAGCAACAUUGUUCGAUGUCCAGACCCUGAAUAUGCAGAGAAGAUGAUAUCUGCAAUUGAUGCUGUGCGAGUGAGAGGUGAUUCUGUUGGUGGCGUAGUAACAUGCAUUGUGAGGAAUUGUCCACGUGGUCUCGGUUCGCCAGUAUUUGACAAACUUGAAGCUGAGCUGGCUAAAGCUGUUAUGUCAUUGCCUGCAACCAAGGGCUUUCAGUUUGGUAGUGGGUUUGCAGGCACCUUUUUGACUGGGAGUGAACACAAUGAUGAGUUCUAUAUAGAUGAACAUGGAAAGACAAGAACAAGAACAAAUCGAUCUGGUGGGAUACAGGGUGGGAUUUCCAAUGGGGAAAUCAUUAAUAUGAGAAUAGCUUUCAAGCCAACAUCGACAAUUGGAAAGAAGCAACAUACUGUGACCCGAGAUAAAAAAGAAACAGAGUUGAUAGCCCGUGGUCGCCAUGAUCCUUGUGUUGUCCCAAGAGCUGUACCCAUGGUAGAGGCAGUGGUAGCUUUGGUUCUUGUGGACCAGUUGAUGGCACAAUAUGCCCAGUGCAAUCUGUUCCCCGUAAACUUAGAUUUUCAAGAACCCUUGGUGCCCAUAUUAGAGCCAGAAGAAGUCCCCUUCUGAAGAAGAUGAAGGGUAAUUGGCCAUUGAUAAGAUCUUCCUUCUGGUUAGUGCUUAGUUGACGGUUAAUUUCCCUCUCUUGAGGAUCCGGCUCUUGGUCUGCCUGCUUGUUCGCACUGUGGCAGAUAUUUUUGCGGGUGCAAUCUAUCGUCUUGUAUUAAUGUAAGUUAAACCAUGUUUCUUUUUAUUUUUUUCCUUUUUCAUUUUGGGGGUGAACAUUGUUUCUAGAAAACCUUGCUGCAAAAGCACCGAGGUUGAUGUAUUCUUAUAGUGAACUGCUAUGAUAUUGUAAGAAAUGUAACAGAUUUUGAAGGUCUUUUAAGUGUUGCUCUGCAUUUCAAUAAAUGAAUCUUUGGAAAUUUUAGCUGGC